AUGGGCUCCUACAAAUCCUGUCAAGAUCGCGCUGGCAGCGGUGGCAGUUCCAGCUCAACAGAUACAGCUGCUUCGGAUCGAUCAAAAAGCACAGCACCAACCCUGCUAAGCGAACGGGCCAUGUCCGGCCCCAGAUAUCAAAAAUGGCCGGAGUAUGAGUACCUCGACGAGAUCCCCAUUUCAGUCUCCGUCGAAGAAGAAGAAGACGAGGAUGAUGAAGAAGAAGAAGAAGAAGAAGAAUAUCAACGAGUCUCUCACGCCUCCGUCUCAACAUACGCCUCCACAACACAUUCCAAAGCCCACAUCGAACCCGAAGAAGCCGUCUUCGAAGUCGACGACAGAGAAGAAUCCUUCCCAUCAGAUGCCCUCGCAUCAACACCAUCCUCCUUUGCAAAUCUCUUCCCAUCAACCCGCCGCCUCCUCAUCCGCCACGACGACGCCACCAUAGACGGCAACAUGAACCUCCGCGUCGACACAGUCGUCCCCUGCCGCGACGGCUACCAACAAGACGUCAUCCUCUUCCACCUCCGCAUGUACGACCUGUUCUCCCGCAAAUUUUCUUUCCGCAGAUACUGUCGCGACUCCGGCCGCGAGGUCUGCCACUCAAUCCGCAAAGAAACAAACCCCCCACACGACCGCCGCCCCGUCUUCCGCCGCUCCUGGAGCACCAUGCUAGCCAGUUUCCGACCCAGUUCUAGCGGUAGUAAUACCCACCACGCCCACGUACCGAUGAUAGACCAACUCAAGCGUCAAGACUCCGGAUACGGGCCUGGGAAGAAAAACGAUCUCCAAGCCCUGGUCGACGAACUCGCCAGCCAAGAACUAUCCCCUUCAUCUUCAUCCUCGCAUGAGAAAACUCUCGCCGACACGAUCCUCCUCGAAUUCUCCAAUUACGCUCACGUCGAACUCAAGCGCCGCGGCGGACCGGGCGCUAAGCGCUACGAGUACGAGUACUGGAGUACAAAGUACCAGUGGCGCUGUGAGUGUCGGCGCGAGGGGGAUUUAAGGGAGGUUUCGUAUUAUUUGGUUGAUAUGCGCUCGGGAAAGACGAUUGCGCAUUUGGUGCCGGAUAUUUUGACGCCGUUGGAGGCGGUUGAGGAGGAGAGUAAGGGUGGUUGGGUGCCACCGUCUAGUUUGUGGAUUAGUGACCCCACUGUGUAUGAACGGAUGCCUGAUGUUGCCGACGUCAUCGUCGCAACAGGCCUCAUCACACUCGUAGACGACUGCAUCCGCCGACGAUGGCACCACGAGCGCCGUGGGUCUUGGAUGCUGCCUACUGGGUCAGCGCUAUCGCGGAGCUUGGAACGGAUGGGUCCGCGCCGUUUGAUCGGUGAGGUCCUGCAGCGUCGAGGAUCCGCGUAA